AUGUCUUUGAUGGAGAAAUCUUCACAUUUCUUCAAGGUUAUCCUCCCCUCUACCCUGGUAGAAAAGAAGCUGGAGAUUCCAGAAAUGUUUGUAAAGAAGUUUGGGAAUGAGCUUUCUGAUAUUGCAACGCUGGAGGUUCCCAAUGGUGAAGUUUGGUUUGUGAGACUGUCAAAAGAUGGGGGCAAAAUUUGGUUUCAGGAUGGGUGGCAAAACUUUGUUCAGCAUUAUUCAAUCUCAGUUGGGUACUUCUUGGUUUUCAAAAUUGUGAAGAUUUCAACUUUCCAGGUUCUUAUUUUCGAUUCAACUGCUUGCGAUAUUCACCAUCCAUACAAUGAAAUGAAAACUAAGCCACAAUGCAAUGCUGAUAGCUCAAAAUUGAAGCCUGAAAACAAGUGUAAAAUGGUAGAAAAGGUGAAGAUAGACGAAGCAGAUUAUGAGAAUAAACGUCAGUUUUUAGCUUUACUUGAAGAAAUGGGGAUCUAUGCAAAUGUUAGAUGUAAAUCUUUCUCAGAAGAAGACCAACAGAGAGCAAUUCACUUUGCCAGAUUGUUCAGGCCGAGAAAUCCUUCAUUCAUGGCUGUUUUUCGAUUUCAUAGCUCAGGUGAUCGCCGAUUGAGUGUGCCAGUGAAGUUUGUGAACAAGUAUCUAGGUAGAAGACCCAGAACUGUUAAGCUACUGGUUCCUGAUGGAAGAGAAUUGUGUGUUGAAAUCACGAGGGUUACUUGUGGAGGCUUUCGUUUGACAAAGGGAUGGAUCAAAUUUUCAAAAGAGGAGAUUUUGAAGCAAGGAGAUAUCGGUUUCUUUGAGUUAAUCCAGAAGAAAAACUUCAUUCUGAAACUUUCAGUUUAUCCUGCAGCUGCAAAGUUGACAUGA